AUGGCUCACGCGGCCUCCCAGCUGAAGAAGAAUCGGGGGGAAGUGGAUGUGAAUGCGUUGGAGGACGAGAAGGAGAAGCGGAGGAAGAGCAGGAGAGCCACUUCCCGGGAGCAGAAGAGAAAGUCUGACAGUAAUGCCAGUUACUUGAGAGCUGCCCGGGCUGGAAACCUUGAAAAGGUCCUUGACUACCUCAAGUCUGGGGUCGAGAUUAACAUUUGCAAUCAGAAUGGCCUGAACGCUCUCCAUCUAGCCUCCAAAGAGGGGCAUGUGGAGGUUGUAGCUGAGUUGCUAAAACUCGGCGCUGCUGUGGAUGCAGCCACCAAGAAAGGAAACACUGCCCUGCACAUAGCUUCGUUGGCUGGCCAAACGGAAGUCGUCAAAGAGCUGGUCACUAAUGGAGCCAAUGUCAAUGCACAAUCUCAGAAUGGCUUCACUCCUCUGUACAUGGCAGCUCAAGAGAAUCACCUGGAGGUGGUACGCUUUCUUCUGGAGAACAGCGCUAGCCAGAGUAUGGCCACUGAGGAUGGCUUCACCCCACUGGCGGUGGCCCUCCAGCAGGGCCAUGACCAGGUGGUCUCCCUGCUUCUGGAGAACGACACCAAGGGCAAAGUGCGUCUACCCGCCUUGCACAUCGCCGCGCGUAAGGACGACACCAAGGCCGCGGCACUGCUCCUCCAGAAUGACCACAACGCAGACGUGGAGUCCAAGAGCGGCUUCACCCCACUUCACAUCGCAGCCCAUUACGGCAACAUUAAUGUGGCCACACUGCUUCUAAAUCGAGGGGCCGCAGUGGACUUCAUGGCCAGGAAUGACAUCACGCCGCUCCAUGUGGCGUCUAAAAGGGGGAACAGUAACAUGGUCAAGCUGCUUCUGGACCGGGGAUCCAAAAUAGAUGCCAAGACCAAGGAUGGUUUAACUCCUCUACACUGCGGAGCUAGGAGUGGCCACGCACAGGUGGUAGAAAUCUUGCUUGACCGAGGCGCUCCCAUCCUCUCCAAGACCAAGAACGGCCUGUCGCCGCUUCACAUGGCCACUCAGGGGGAUCACCUGAACUGCGUUCAGCUCUUGCUACAACACGACGUGCCAGUGGACGACGUCACCAACGACUACCUGACGGCACUGCACGUGGCUGCCCACUGCGGACACUACAAGGUGGCUAAGCUCAUCGUGGAUAAGAAGGCCAACCCCAAUGCCAAGGCCCUGAAUGGUUUCACUCCACUUCACAUCGCCUGCAAAAAGAACAGAAUUAAAGUGAUGGAGCUGCUGCUAAAGCAUGGAGCAUCCAUACAGGCUGUAACCGAGUCUGGCCUGACGCCAAUUCACGUGGCAGCCUUCAUGGGCCAUGAGAACAUCGUUCACGCACUCACACACCACGGCGCUUCACCCAACACUACCAAUGUGAGGGGUGAGACAGCCUUGCACAUGGCAGCCAGGGCGGGUCAGGCCGAUGUGGUUCGGUACCUGCUCAAGAACGGAGCCAAAGUGGAGACCAAAUCAAAGGAUGACCAGACGGCAUUACACAUCUCCAGUCGGCUGGGGAAGGUGGACAUCGUGCAACAGCUGCUGCAGUGCGGCGCCUCGGCCAACGCGGCCACCACCUCAGGCUACACCCCGCUACACCUGGCGGCCCGCGAAGGUCACCAAGAUGUCGCGACCAUGCUGCUUGAGAACGGCGCCUCGCUGUCCUCCUCAACAAAGAAAGGCUUCAGUCCGCUCCACGUGGCCGCUAAGUAUGGCAAGAUGGAGGUAGCAAGUCUGCUCUUGCAGAAGAGAGCUGCACCUGACGCUGCUGGCAAGAGUGGGCUAACUCCACUGCAUGUAGCCGCUCACUACGAUAAUCAGAGAGUUGCCCUGCUGCUGCUGGAUCAGGGAGCUUCCCCACACGCCGCCGCUAAGAAUGGCUACACACCACUGCACAUCGCCGCCAAGAAGAACCAAAUGGAAAUUGGCACCACGCUACUUGAGUACGGCGCCGAUACCAAUGCAAUGACGCGUCAGGGCAUCAGCCCAAUCCACCUGGCGGCGCAGGAGGGUAGCGUGGACCUUGUGUCGCUGUUGCUGGCCAAGAGUGCAGCUGUUAACAUUGGCAACAAGAGCGGACUUACGCCACUCCACUUAGCAGCUCAGGAAGACAAAGUCGGUGUUGCAGAAGUCCUUCUCAACCACGGCGCUGAUGUCAACACACAGACAAAGAUGGACUACACUCCGCUGCAUGUAGCUUGUCACUAUGGCAACGUGAAGAUGGCAAACUUCCUCCUGCAGAAUCACGCCAAAGUCAACGGCAAAACCAAGAAUGGUUACACACCUCUGCACCAAGCGGCUCAGCAGGGCCACACGCACAUCAUCAACCUCCUCCUCCAGCACGCCGCCUCGGCCAACGAGCUCACAGCGAAUGGCAACACAGCGCUAGCCAUUGCCCGUCGCCUUGGUUACAUCUCUGUGGUGGACACCCUGAGGCCUGUAACGGACGAGAACCUCAAUACUGGAAAUACAGCUGAAAAACACAAAAUCAACAUCCCGGAGACCAUGAAUGAAUUCUUGGACAUGUCAGAUGAUGAAGUUUUGGCCAAUGUGCCUGAAACUCUCGAAGAGGAGUCUAUGUCAGAUGACGACGAAGGUGAGGAUGCAAUGACCUGCGACACGGACAAGUACUUGCGGCCCCAGGAUCUCAAAGAGCUCGGGGAUGACUCUCUCCCUCAGGAGGGUUACAUGGGCUUCAGCAUCGGAGCCCGUUCAGCCAGCCUCCGCUCCUUCAGUUCGGAUAGGUCUAACACCCUCAACCGAAGCUCCUUCGCUCGGGACAGCAUGAUGAUCGAGGAGAUUCUGGCUCCCACAAAGGACACGCACUUGGCCGUGACAAGGGAAUAUAACUCUGAGUGUUUGCGGCGCUACAGCUGGACCCCGGACACCGUGGACCACGGCCACAACAUCGCGUCCAGCCCCAUUCACUCUGGGUUUCUGGUCAGCUUCAUGGUGGAUGCCCGCGGCGGGUCCAUGAGGGGAAGCCGCCAUAACGGAAUGCGAAUCAUCAUCCCGCCCAGGAAGUGCACGGCGCCUACGCGCAUCACCUGUCGCCUAGCCAAGAGGCAUAAGCUCGCUUACCCCCCACCCAUGGUGGAAGGGGAAGGCCUGGUCAGCAGACUCGUGGAGGUCGGCCCAGCUGGGGCACAGUUUCUUGGUCCUGUGAUUGUCGAGAUUCCUCACUUCGGCUCCAUGCGGGGUAGAGAAAGAGAACUGAUCGUGUUGCGGAGUGACAAUGGCGACACGUGGCGAGAGCACCAAUUCGAUUCCACUCCAGAGGAACUCACGGAGCUGGUGACUGGGAUGGAUGAAGAGUUGGACAGCCCUGCCGAGUUGGAAAAGAAACGCAUUUGCCGUAUCGUGAGCAGAGACUUCCCUCAGUAUUUCGCUGUGGUGUCUAGGAUCAAGCAGGAGUCCAACCACAUGGGUCCUGAUGGCGGUGUCCUAUCCAGCAGCAGUGUUCCUAUGGUCCAGGCUUCCUUCCCACAGGGGGCGCUGACCAAAAAGAUUCGCGUCGGCCUGCAGGCUCAGCCUGUUCCUGAUGAUAUGGUGAGGGCUGUCCUUGGUAACAGAGCUACUUUCAGCCCCAUCGUCACCGUGGAGCCCAGGAGGAGGAAAUUCCACAAGCCAAUCACAAUGACCAUCCCUGUCCCGCCCCGCCAGGCGGAAGGCCACCCAACCGGCCACAGGGGUGACGCUGCACCUUGCCUGCGUUUGCUCUGCAGCAUUACAGGAGGAACGUCUCCUGCCCAGUGGGAAGACAUCACGGGGACCACACCGCUUUCCUUUGUAACCGAUUGCGUCUCCUUUACCACAAAUGUGUCGGCCAGGUUCUGGCUCGCAGACUGUCACCAGAUUCCUGAGACGGUUGGUCUAGCGUCUCAGUUAUACCGGGAGCUGAUCUGCGUGCCGUACCUGGCCAAGUUUGUGGUGUUCGCCAAAAUGAAUGACCCAGUAGAGGCGCGACUUCGCUGCUUUUGCAUGACAGAUGACAAAGUGGACAAAACCCUUGAGCAACAGGAGAACUUCGAAGAGGCGGCCCGAAGUAAAGACAUUGAGGUUCUAGAAGGCAAACCCAUCCAUGUGGACUGUUAUGGCAACUUGUCACCGCUAACCAAGAGUGGACAGCAGCUUGUUUUCAAUUUCUUCUCCUUCAAGGAAAACAGACUUCCGUUCAAUGUGAAGAUUAGAGAUAUGGGCCAAGAGCCCUGUGGCCGCCUUUCAUUUCUUAAGGAGCCAAAAACUUCUAAGGGUCUGCCACAGUCUGCCAUUUGCAAUCUGAACAUCACACUACCGACUCACAAAAAGAAUGAAAGGCCAGAUCGACGCCAUACCUUUGCCUCCUUAGCUUUGCGUAAGCGCUACAGCUAUUUGACUGACCCUGCGGCGAGUCCCCAAAGUCCUUGUGAGAGGACAGAUUUGCGUAUGGCCAUUGUAGCAGAUCACCUAGGACUUAGUUGGACAGAGCUAGCUCGGGAGAUGAACUUCACAGUAGAUGAGAUCAACCACAUUAGAUUGGAGAACCCUAACUCAUUGACAGCACAGAGCUUCAUGCUAUUAAAGAAAUGGGUCAGCCGGGAAGGAAAAAACGCCACAACGGAUGCCUUGACUGCAGUGCUGACCAAAGUCAAUCGGAUGGAUAUUGUGACUUUACUGGAAGGCCCAAUUUUUGACUAUGGUAACAUUUCCGGCACGAGAUGUUUUGCUGAUGAUCAUGCGGUUUUCCGGGAUCAGGCUGAUGGUAAAGUUUAG